GAUCGCGGCAUUCGACGAGCUCGUCGGCGGCCCCCUCCGCCGCACCUCCGCCGCAGCGGAGAAGAUCGGGGGGAAGGUCCUCGAGACGACGAAGAUCCUCGAGGAGGCGUUCGCUGCGGAGAAGGAUCUCCUGAUCAGGGCAAAGAAGUGCCAGUGUUUUCUUAUGGAUAGUAACAAGGCAAAGAGAUGGAUAGACUAUAGCAGAGUGAGUAAAGAAUAUUUGGAUGGAGUAGAGGCCUUUCUUAAUUUUGCAUUUGAAAAUAAUUCCAUCGAUGGAAAAAUUCCGUGCCCUUGUCAAAAAUGUGUGCUUUACUACCACCAAAUUCGGGCUGACGUAUUCGAUCAUCUUGUGGUCAAUGGAAUUAUGCCAGGAUAUGAUUCGUGGUUUUAUCACGGAGAAACAACAUCAUCGUUAAGUCCUUCACAUGGAGUUCAUUUAGAACAGAAGAACUAUAAAAGUGAUGACAUGGUAGGAAUGUUACAUGAUGCUUUUGGAGUACACAAUCUAGCAGCAGAUAUAGACAUAGAUUGUGGGGACUCAGCAGAGCCAAAUGCAGAUGAUUUUGGUAUGGAACAACCAGCAGAGCAGUUUUCUUCAGAAUGGGAGAAGUUCAAAGAGUUGCUAAGAGAUGCCGACGAAGAAUUAUAUCCAGGAUGCCGUAAAUUUUCUAAGUUGUCCUUUAUAUUGCAUCUUUAUAAUAUAAAGUGUCGUUUUGGAUGGUCAAAUGAGUCAGUCGGCGUAUUGCUUAAACUUUUAAUCGAUGUGUUUCCUGAGGGUGCAAAGUUGCCAAGUUCUUUUAAUGAAGCAAAGAAGAUUAUCGAAGGAUUAGGGAUGAAGUAUAACAAGAUUCAUGCUUGCCCUAAUGAUUGCAUGUUAUUUUGGAAAGAAAAAGAGAAUGAUGACUUUUGCUCAAUUUGCGGGACUUCUCGAUGGAAAUAUGAUGAAAAUAGUACCCACAAUAAUGCACCAAUUUUGAAGAAAAAAAAGAAAAGUAUUCCGGCGAAGGUGUUGAGGCAUUUUCCUAUAAAACCAAGGCUUCAGAGGCUGUUCAUGUCAUCUAGAACAUCAGAUUUCAUGACGUGGCAUGAGAAAGGUCGAAUUAAAGAUGGCGUUUUGAGGCAUCCAGCUGACUCUGAAGCAUGGAAGAAUUUUGAUUCUCGCUAUCCAAAGUUUGCCAUUGACCCACGUAAUGUUAGACUUGGAUUAGCGACUGAUGGCUUUAAUCCAUAUGGGACGAUGCGAAGUAACUAUAGUAUAUGGCCUGUCAUUUUAAUUCCGUAUAAUUUGCCGCCAUGGUUGUGCAUGAAACAGCCAAACUUCAUUCUUUCUUUGCUUAUUCCCGGCCCAAAAGGUCCUGGAAAUGAUAUCGAUGUAUAUUUGCAGCCUCUUGUAGAGGAGUUGAUUGAAUUAUGGGAAGUAGGUGUGGAAACUUAUGAUGCCUCGUGCAAAAAGACUUUCCAAAUGCAUACCGCAGUUAUGUGGACUAUAAAUGAUUUUCCGGCUUAUGGAAAUUUAUCUGGUUGGUCCACUUAUGGCUCUUUCGCAUGUCCAUCUUGUAACGUGGAAACUUGCUCUGUACGCUUAAAACAUAGCAAGAAGUUUUGCUUUAUGGGCCAUCGGCGUUUCUUAGAUCGUAGUCAUAAAUUUAGAUAUGAUCAACAAUCUUUUGAUGGGACCGAAGAAUUGAGAUUAGCACCUCCUCCAAUAUCUGGUUCACAAGUGUUGGAUCAAGUAAAUAGUCUCGAGUUCACUUUUGGUAAGAUGAAUAAAAAGUUCAGUGGUGGUCGUAGAAAAACUUGGAGGAAAAAAAGUAUUUUUUUCAAACUUCCUUACUGGGAGUACAAUUUAAUACGUCAUAAUCUCGAUGUUAUGCAUAUAGAAAAGAAUGUGAACGACAAUGUCCUCAAUACUAUAAUGAAUGAUGAGAAAAAGUCUAAAGACAACUUAAAUGCUCGCCGUGAUUUACAAGAGAUGAGGAUAAGGGAAGAAUUUUGGCCUCAGGAACAAUCUUCAGAUGGACAUGCAUCGAACGUAUCACGAUGUGUUGUUAAGAAGCGUAAAUUAUCUGGACUUAAGAGCCACGACUGCCAUGUUAUAAUGCAAGAACUUCUUCCUCUUGCAUUACGUGGAAAUCUACCGGAGAAAGUUUCUAUGGCCAGAUUGAAAGAACUUAAUAAGAUCAAAAUUCGGCAUCCAAAUAACAAUCAAUUGCACUCGGAGACAAGUUCUCAAAAUACUCAUAAUGUGCAACCAAGUUUAAAUAGUCACUCGCAAUCUAAUGAGAAUCAGUUGGGGCAGGCUUCAAGAGAUAUAAUUGAUGAAUUACAAAAUGAAGCUGAACAAGCAGAAGAAAAGAGGGCGAGAGGACCUACCUUGUUGACUGAAAUUUGGAACCUUCCCAAAGAUGAGAGGAUUACAGUAAAUUUCAAUACUAGAUGGCAACCAAUUGGAAACGAAGGGCGUGUACUCGCUAGCUUUUUGGGGAUUAUGGCAAGAAAUGCCAAUUUAACACCCCUUCACAUCCCAGAUUGGCGUGCCUUUCCAAAAAAGGAGAAAAAAAGACUAUUCAAGUUAGUAGAGUCAAAGUUUUUAAUCCCUCCACGUGGUGAAAAAUGGGUCCUAAGAUCAUUAGGGAAGAAAUGGAAGGACUAUAAAUGUGAACUAAAGGGAGAAUACUAUUUGAAAUAUAAAAAUGUUGAUGAUGUAUUGGAGCAUAAACCCGAACGAGUACCAAGAGAUCAAUGGACUUCUCUCGUCUCUUUUUGGAACUCGGAAAAAGUAAAGAAACGUAGUGAGAAAAAUAGAGAAAAUCGUGCAAAGCAAAAGAUGCCUCACACUGCAGGAUCCAAGAGUUUCGCACGAUUGAUGGCCGAGAAGGCUAAAGAUGGAGUUGAGCCAUCACGGGCACAUAUAUUCAUAGAAACUCAUAAGCCGCGCAAGGAUGGAAGGUCACUUGAUGAAGAAUCAGCUCAGAAUAUUAACUCUAUGAAACAAAAAAUGGAAAAGCUACCAAAUUCUGUGGAGUGUGGCAAUAGACGUGUUGCUUGGGAAGGUGAUAUAUUCUCCCAAGUAAUAGGGCCGGAGAGACAUGGUCAAGUGCGCGGGCUUGGACUUGGUCCGACUCCUACCAGUUUGUGGGCUCCAAGUUCUUCAAAUCAAAUAUCUUCUAGAGAUUGUGAGAGAGUGGAACAAUUGGAAAAAGAAAUAAAAAUGAUGGAACAACAUCAUGCAAAUGAGAUGAAGGCUAUGAGAGAAAAUCAAGUUAGAUUAGAUUCUGAAAUUGCAUUGAUGAGGUCAAUCAUUAAUAGAAGGUUUCCUGAAGAGGUUCUUGAUGAUUCGAGUGCUCGUUACGGUAAAGUUGCACAAAAUGCAGGAUGCUCUAGUUCUUUUUCGUACACCUCGGUUUAGUGGCAUGGUUAAUCUUCUUAAGCCCAUGGAUCUUUUCUAUUGGAAUCUUCGCUCUUUAAGGAUGAGUCUUCGUGAAAUGUAGUUUGAACUUCUCUAUGGGAGCGCAUAGAACUUUCCUUUCGCCUGUAAAACUUUUUAAUUACAUAUUAGUGUUUUUGUAGUUCGAAUUUGUUUUAGCUAUCUAAUGUUUGAUUGACAUUUGUUUUAGUAUAAAAAUUGAUUUUGACAUUUAUUUGUAUUCGCAACACUUUUGAGAAUGUAAUAGACUUUUAUAUUCAA